AUGCCCCAGCAUCCCGCAGACCUGCCUCUCUGGACCUAAAUGCCACAAGGCAAUCGGGUGCCCGAGUCAUCGCGGACUAAUAGAUGGAGAGGGAACGGCCACGCUGUCAGAAUUCAAAUCUCUGAAGUGGAUCAUCAUAAAGCACCUGCAGAAUACUGGGACUUGAGAGCAUUCGUGGAAAAAACAUAGUUGCCAUGGAUUUUCAAGGACAAGAAUGAACAAGAAACAGAAGAGGCAGAAUUUCCUGUAACUGAAAAACUGAAAAAAAGAAAAAGAAUUGUAGUUGUAUUUCAUAUAAUUCCUUUUGAAGACGUUCUUCUCACAUUAAGCAAUAAUGUAUUCAGAAUGCUCCAGUUGGGACAGAUAUGUACAAUCCAUGCAUAUGUUAUGUGGAACAAAGUAUUAUGCGAUGCUCUGAAUGGUCAUAAAUUAAUAGGUCAUUCAUACAGUGUGGAAUAAACAGUACCUCAAGCUUUCAUCCCAUUUUAUGGAGGCCUUGCAUAGCCAGUUGACCACAGGGGAGCAAUCUGGAGGUUUAGAAAAGCAGAAUGAGACUUCAGUGGACAGCCCCCAGCCACAUUCAGUCCCGCAGUAUCAUGAACAGAACAAGGUUGUCAAGCAGCAGCAACAUGCACAACAGCAAAAACAUCUUAAUAUUGAGAGAAAGCGUCUCAGAUUACAGAGGAAAACUGCUCAGGAGACAGACACUGUUGAAGAGGAAAUGUCUCCGAGGGCAUCUGGAAGUUCUGGAUGUCUUGUUUCUAACAUGAGGGAGCCUAGUGAAAUGCCAUCUGGAGGUUCAUCCUCAGAAGUAUCAGCUAUACCAUCCUGUUCCACGGAUGCGACCCUGGAAGGUACACCUAGACAAAAACGUGAGCGUAAACCUCAAAAGCCCGGAAAAUAUGUGUGCUCAUACUGUGGACGUGCUUGUGCUAAGCCCAGCGUGCUUCAGAAACAUAUUCGAUCCCACACUGGAGAGAGACCUUACCCCUGUGCACCAUGUGGGUUCUCCUUCAAGACUAAAAGUAAUCUUUACAAACACAGAAAGUCCCACACUCAUAGGGUGAAAGCUGGUCUGACUGCAGAAACGGAGGGACCAGGUAUAAGUUGUUCAGAGGAGCCACUUACAGAAUCAGAUGAAGAAAGCCAACCAUCUUCCUUUUUAGAAGAACAAAGAAUGUCCACUCAAAAGUCAGAUGUCUUAGAAAAGUGUUCUGAGGGACAGUUACAAGGUAUAGAAGACUCCCAUGCAGUUAAAAAGAGACUUGCAAUGAGACUUAGCAGAGGAAGACGAACACCUAUAGGAUCAUCUGAUGAAGCAUCCUCGUCGUUUGGUCUAAAUAGCAAAGGUAGCACAGAGUCUGGCUAUUUCUCUCGAUCUGAGAGCACGGAAGUCUCUCAAGAUAGUCCACCAAACACAAGUGCCAAAAGCUAUGCAGAGGUCAUCCUUGGAAAGUUUGGUCGCCUUGGUCAUUUACAAAGGACUGCUCGUGAACAGUAUGACAAUCCUGCUGGGCAAGAAGGGAAAAGAAUUCCAUUCACUGUGCCUAAAAAGCAAGUUAUUGACCACAUAACUAAACUCAUCACCAUUAAUGAGGCUGUGGUAGACACCAGUAAGAUUGACAGUGUCAAACCCAGAAGGUUCUCACUUUCUAGGAAAAGCAGCACAGAAGUGAAGCCAACCUCUUCUAAAGAGUCCUUUCUUCACAGUCCAAAAGAAUUAGAUUUGAGUGCAAAGAGCAGUGGUUCUAUUACUCUUGGUGUACCUUGUGAGAAAUUUCAGCACCAUUCUCUUAGUAUCCAGCAAGCUGACCCAACCACCACUGCUCCUCUUCUAAGAAGUCACUCUAUGCCCUCAGAUGCAGGUGUUAGUGAUGUGUCUGAAACUUCUCGUAGCCUUCGCCUUAGCCAAUCCUUUGAUGACCAGCAGACAGUUCAGAAUCGGCGUCACGGUAUGCUAAGACGGCAGCCUGCCAUUGAAUUGCCCAUAGGUGCUGAAAUGACCAUGGGGGAACAAUCCUAUUCCAGCUCACCAUUCCAUCCCUCAGUUUCUACAGUGCCUAAUCCCAGCCUGAAACAAGAGCCAUUUGAGUGUGAUGCAUGUGGUAUAGUUUUUACUGACUGGGAGAGGUAUCAAACACACAAACAGCACUGCUGCACGCUUCACAUUUCUCAACAAACUGAAAGUCAAGUCUAUCAAGUGGAAGAACCCACAAGAACACACACAACUCGUCCUGGUGCUUUUGCAUUUAGAAAAAGAAGGAAAGAAGAGAGUAUUGAACUUGAAGAUCCUUCUUUACCCUCUGUUUCUUAUAUACCACUGAAAGGUUAUAAACCACCUUGUGAACAGCCUAUUAAAGGGUCCACUCAAGAACAUGGUACAGAAGGUGCUUUGCAAGGAAUAUCUGUCAUACAGCAUACUAGUUCAUUUGAGAAACAUGAUAGUGCUUUAAAAACCCCUGGACCAGAUGAGGUCUCUCACUCUCAUGAUGUCUCUCACUGUUCUCCUGCCUCACAAUCAAAGCAGCAGGCAAGUAAACCAUCCUUCCGUAAACUUGUACGUCAACACAAUGUCCAAGUGCCAGAAAUCCUGGUCACUGAAGAUUCAAACACCAACACCAUGGCAGCAUUACCCCCUCCAACUGUCCCCAAAAUAAAGGACGUUGAGAAAGUCAGCGAGUUCCAAUGGCCCCAAAGAAGUCCAACUUUAGCCCAACUUCCAAUUGAGAAGUUACCACCUAAAAAGAAACGUUUUCGUCUCGCAGAAGCUGCCCAGUCAUCAGGGGACUCAAGCUUUGAAUCAAUGUCCCUGCCUCACAGUCCAAGUCAGGACAGUUGUGUGUCUCAUACCUCCAGUCGAUCAACUUCAUUUGAAGAGGCUUGCAAAGGUGAUGCAGACACGACGCCAACUAGGAGAUCAAGAGCCACUCAUACUUUGACAAUUCCCACAAAUUCUCACCGAGAAAUGAGGCGCUCUGCAUCUGAGCAGGCGCCCCAUGUUCCUCAACAUGCUAACCUUAUUACGGAAACUCGCAGUAAGUCAUUUGACUACAGUAGUUUGUCUCCAGAUCGAACCCCUGCAGGAUGGAGAGCAAGGCGGAAAUGCCUUCUAAUGAGGCAUAGUGCAGUGAGGGAACCUGAGGAGGAAGACCAAUCUUCUAAAGCCAUCAACACCAGUUCUCCCACUCGAAGGACUAACACAUCGCCUAGCUAUAGCCCAGGCAUCUCCUACAGUCCAACCACCACCCAUCUUGUGACUUUAAGCAAUACUGAACACUCAUUUGGUGAGAAGCAGGUCAUGCAAUCACAGCAUGUUUUAUCAGAGAAUACCCAGCAGAAUGCAUUGCAGUUGACCCCAAUGAUUCACAAUGAUCAGCCCACAACAGUGGGAAGUCUUCUUUGUCCAUCAGGUGCUGCCAGAGCUCAUUAUUCUUCAAUGUCGACAGGACUUAAGCUUGAAAUUCCAGUGGAGAAUGAACUGGUGAAUUCUGAUACAAGGCUCAACCAACCAUACCUCACUCAUUAUCCCCAUCAGAAUCUUGGUUUAAAUCUCUGA